UCCACCUGUUUGUAACGUGACGACCGCUUCUAUCUCUUGCAACGAUCCAUGUAAAUGUAGUAAAAUGAAUGCUUUUGUCAUAGCAGAGUUAUGGGAUGAAGGUGAUGGGUUAUCAGAAAUAACAGCACCAAACUCUCCACCUAAUUCGCUGCAAGUGCAUGGUUUUUUGAAAGGACUGGUCAAAGCCAAAGGAAGAGUUACAGCAACAUUAAUCAUUGACUGCUGUCGAAAAAAUGUGACAAUUUAUGUAAAGGAUUUGAAAAAUCUCACAAGCUCAUGUGACAUACCAAUUGAUCCAACAUAUGACGCAAUUAAUCCUUGUACAACUACAACCACCACCACCACUACCACAUUGACACCUACGUCUACAUUGACUUUUUUGUCUAGAAAAACAACCUUUCUUAUGGCAACGACUUCACUCAAAUUGUCCGCAGGAUCAAGUUCUCUAGUAACGUCAACACCAAAUCAAACGACAAAACAGUCAGGAAAGGCCGGUAAUACAACAACCACAACGACGCAAAAUCCAUCAUCUUCUAAGGAAGAAAAUUCUAGUUCUUUAUCUGAUGGUGCUACUUACGGAAUUGCUGCUGCAGUUGGUGCCGUGACCCUGGCUGUAAUCAUAGGAGGUAUUGCGCUCAUUACGAAAAAACUUACAGCAGUAUCACCAAAGAAACCAGAGGACGAUUGAACUUAAAUAUAUUUUGUUAAGUUAUUUAUUUAUUUUGUUAUUGUUGUUUGUAUUUUCGUUAAUAAUAAAAAUAAAACAGCUGACUAGAAAAGUUUAAUAGAAAUCAUGUAAAAGGCUAUUUUCUUGAAUUUUUGUAUUUUUAUUGUACUAUUUUCCUUUCAUUAUUUGUCAUGGAGUUUUUUUUAAUGUGCCAAGAAAUAGAUCUUAUCAAAUUUAUCAUAUUUAUCUGUGUAUUGUUCCAUUAUAAUCACCUCAGCGCAUAUGGCUUUUCUAUUGCUACGUAAUUGAGCGACAUACAAUAAAAGUCUUAAAUAUGCACGAAAUAUUGGUCGCUGCACGUUAAGUAAGCAACAUUCAAUAAAUCAAUUUAAUAAAAAGUAAUUCUGUAAUAAUAUGUAUUAAAAUAGUGCUUGUUUGUCGACCGGUUAAAAUGUAGAUGUCUACUGGUUUCUUGUGUCGUCAGUUGUUGUCUCAAUGCCGUAUACCAAAUAAGUCCUUAAAAACUUAUAUAAUAUAUAUACAAUCCAAGUAUGCUUAAAGUAUAAAAUAAAAAGUGUGUUCAACUGACAAAAAGAAAACUUUUAUUCUUAAAUCGAAGAAAAAGAUAAAAAUCGAAAUGGAAAUAACUGGAUAUAGAAUAUCAGCCCGAACAAAAAUCUAUUGCAUGGUGAUAAUCGAAGCAUAUCAGAAGAUAGUUACUUAAACAUUUACAUAAUGUAAGGUAAAAUGUUAUCAUUACAUAUGUUGCAAUACUCUGAAUUCGUUUGAUGUUAGCUAAUUUUUCACAUGCUUUUGUGUUUGAAAGGGAAAUGUUGAAAUAAACCAUAUCAAAAACAAUGUUAUUAUACGGCACUAAUUUUCCUAUCAAUAAUUAAAGAUAUAACAAUUUUCUCCUUAUGUAUGGAGAUCACCGGCCUUCGGAGACAACUUUACAUGCAUGUAGUUUUUCAUUCUUGACAUUUUUUUAAUUGUAUGUAUAUAACUUGCAGUGUGUAAAACCAAUUUUGAUAAUCAUUUGAAUUAGAUUUUUUGAAAUAAAAUAUACGAAAUGUGGCAUGAACAUGGUCAAAUCCUAUCUGCAACCUUACGACCUGACAUCUGAUUUAAAACGACCUGUGACCAUUAAAAUGUUCAGACCUUAGUGUAAAGGGUUAAAAGUGACCUAGAUGUACUCUACUGGAACCCGAUAUACAGCCAAUUUGUUUAUUUGGUUUGUUUCACAUUUAGCAAAAUAACUAUACAGUUAAUCAUCAGCGUUAAUCAUGAACGGUUGAUAUUUUCUUGACAACGGAGAAGUGUUACUUUAUUUAUUAUCGUCUUUCCGUGUACAAUGAAUGAAGUUUAUAUACUAAUAGGUUGUUAAUUGUUACUAUAAGCAGAACAUAUAAGAUAGUCUUGAAUUGAAAUUGUACAUGCUUUAGGAAGUCCCCCUCCAAUUUAUGUAUCAUCAAUGAACAUAUUAUCUUUUGGAACAUCUAAAGUAAUAUACACAUUAUAUUUUUUUCAAAUAAAAUAUUGCUACCCUUGAAAGAUGAAUCUGUUGGAAAAGAAAUAUAAAUCACUUAUUACGAAACUGCAGUUAUGUAUAUGUAUUCAAGUUGCCUGUGACUUUAUAGUAAGCGAAAAAAUAAUGUAAAAUAUUUUUUUAUAUUUAUUUUGUGUAAGAUAAAGUUUGUCGAUUUUGUUACCAUAGAGUAAUUUCCUUUUAUACAAUGUCUUUCAUUAGUCUAUUAACUGUGAUGUAAUAAAUCUGUAAUAAACAUAU